AAGUGACCCCAGGAUCUCAAUUGAUUCACGAGAAACAGUGUUACGUUGUGAUGCUCCCGCUACAUAUAAGGAAUAUUCUCUAUUUCACCUGCUAGUGUCCCGUACAUAGUGACAAUAAUAACAUUAAAUAGCGGUAAAGAAAUGUGCUAACAUGUUGUUUUUAAAGUUUUUGUUUAUCUUUGUAUUUGGGAAUAUUUUGGCGAAGCCAACGGAUGAACUUCAGGAUGUCAUUGGUGAAGCUGAAAUGGCAAUAAUGAACGAAGCUUCUCCAAAGUUGAUGUACAUAGUACCCGGUGUUUCAUCGUCAAAAAAAUCUAUCAAAAGUGUUGAUAUAUUUGAUUUGAUAGAUAGAGAAAAUGUGGGCUAUCGAGAGUUCAUUGAGUAUGUGGAUAAAGGAUAUUUCAAUAAAGGUCUGGUAUUUAACAUUUAUGAUGACACCAUAAGAAAUGCAACCCUUUCGCUAUUUCGUUUACUACAAAAUGUGGAUGAGAAGACUGCUUAUAAAAUUUAUGUGUGGGGCAAAGAAAAUAUAAACGAUGAUAUAAUGGAAUAUGCCACCCGACUUUCCUCACUAUACGGAACGCACGACCAAAAAGAAAUCUCACCCCCAUUCAUAUCAAAGCCAAACUACUUUGUGAAUAGUGAAGCAAUAAUAAAAGCUGCAAAAUUGAAAAUUAGAAAUGGAUUUCUUUACCCAAAUGAAGCAAGAAUGAAUGGUUACUAUAGAACAGACAACACAAUAACCAUAAAUGCUAAUUAUUCAGGGUGGAACACAUUUGAAAAUCCAUGUGAGAAAGAGCUUAAUUAUUUCCGAGAAGACAUAGGCCUAAACAGUUACUAUUACGGUCUUCAUUUGCUGCAUCCGUUCUAUAUGAGCAACGCUGAGCUAGAUGAAAUAAACCCUCGUCAUGCUGAACAUUACUAUUUCGCACAUCAACAACUUAUGGCUAGGUAUUUGCUUGAAAAGGAACAUCUGAAAAACGUGAAGAAUGAUAUUGCAGACAAAAUAUGUGAGAAUAUGUAUAAUCCUUAUCUUAUGUACGACAAUGGCCUACAAUUUCCGACUAGAUCAGCGAGUAAGUUUGAAUGGAGCGAUAAACGCGCGUACCUCACUUCCAUAGAUAUUGCCAUGAAAGAAUGCUUUUCCCGAGGUUUCAUAAUAAUGGACAACGGUACAAAAAUAAACAUGACAGAUGAGAACCACACCGAUCUUUUAGCUAAGAUAAUAAGAGCUAAUUUAGAUGGCGUCAAGGCGGCUAAAAUCGUACGCAAUUUGUAUGGGUACGGCGGACAAGUGAUAUCAGAAGACUCGCAUAACCCAUCACCAUCAGCGCUGCAUCACCCGCAAACUUCACUUCGAGACCCUGUGUACUGGAACCUCAUCAAGAAACUCCUGAGUUACUUCUUAGACUUCAAAAGUGCUAUGGAACCUUUCGAUCUACUUUCUUACGAAAGUGACGAUAUUAUUAUCACAGAUGCAGAAAUACCCAACAUCGAAACCUAUUUCAAAAACUAUGAAUUCAGUAUUGAUAGAGCGUUGGUAGAAGACUCUUACAAUAUGAAGUCACCAUAUGAAUUGCUAUUUACUGUUAAUCAAAGAAGGCUUUCAUUUAAAGAUUUCAGCUUUUAUUUUAAUGUGAAUUCACUGCGAGAACAAGCUGUUGUUGCCCGACUUUUCCUAGGACCUCAGUGUGACGAAGAUUGUUGGGAUGACUUUGAUAAGUUCUAUCAACUUGAUGCUUUUAAUUAUACUCUAAAAGAGGGAUCAAAUAUUAUAUCUUGGUCACCUGAUUCGUCUACCCGUUUAUCAGAUGACUAUUCUGUUAAUUUUGAAAAUGAUAUUGAAACAGAUGAUAAGUACAGCAUGUUUAAAUUUCCUAAGACUCUUGUGAUACCUCGAGGCUUGGAACAGGGUUUGAAUCUCACUUUGUUUAUCAUAGUUACUCCAGUGACUGAAUAUACAGACAGUGAAAUUGGGCCGGAAUACAAAUUAUAUCGAAGUAUUUCCUAUGAAUUGGAUAAUAAGCCUCUAGGGUUUCCGUUCCACCGUGAAGCCAGUGGCUUCAAUCCUGAAGCUUGCAAUUAUAAAUUUUAUAAUGUAACCAUCUAUCACCAAAAUAUGAAUGACGGACGAAGUCAGUAUUUCUCUUCUAACAUUCAAUAAAAUAAGUCAAUGUACCUAAUAUUUUUAUAUUAGUAGUGAGUAGGGUUAAAGUUACUAAGAUAUUAAGAAAAUAAAAUAGUUGUUAUUAU